GGUGAUGCAAAUAGAGCCAGCCUCUGCGUACAGGACAACAAGAUGGCGCCACCCAUGACAGUUUUGAGAAUCGUAAGACCAGCAGGUUUUCGAUGUCUUGCCUCGUCUUUGAACCAACAUUGGGCAGUGGGACACUCUCCGCACAAUCGGCAGCUGUCUACAGGAAUAUCAGAAGCUAAAGAUGAGCCACUGACUCUCAGAAGCCAAACUAAAGAUGGUGUUAGAACCAUUCUCCUGAACGACCCAGAUAGGAGGAAUGCCUUAUCCUUGGACAUGCUGCUGAGUUUGAAGGAGGAUCUCAUGCACAAAGCUGACGGGGAUGAACUGAGGGCUAUUGUCAUUGCAGCCAGGGGGCCGGUCUUCUCCUCCGGACACAACCUCAAAGAACUGACCACAGAACAUGGGCGAGCCUUCCAAUCCAGGGUCAUGUGGACAUGCAGUCAGGUUAUGAUGCUACUGCAAGAUUUACCAGUACCCAUCAUAGCCCAGGUGCAAGGCUUGGCGACAGCAGCUGGUUGUCAACUGGUAGCGAGCUGCGACAUAGCCAUUGCAUCUGAGAAUGCCAGGUUUGCAACACCGGGAGUGAAUAUUGGUCUCUUCUGUUCAACUCCUGGGGUGGCCCUUGGCAGAGCGGUUCCAAGGAAACUGGCCAUGGAGAUGCUCUUUACAGGAGAACCCAUCUCAGCUGAUGUUGCCUUGCAAAACGGCCUGGUCAGCAAGGUGGUACCGCAUGACUCACUGGAGGAAGAAACCAACAAACUAACCCAGAAGAUCUGCAUGGCCAGCCGGUCGGUCAUCGCACUAGGCAAAGUCUGCUUCAACAGACAGAUGAAGAAGACCCGGGCCGAGGCAUACGAGCAAGCCAGUGACGUGAUGGUGCAGAAUCUGGGCCUGGUGGACGGCCAGGAAGGCAUCCAGGCCUUCAUCCAGAAGCGCAAGCCGGCCUGGACGCACAGCUUUGACAAGGUGCAAGAGGAAUGAGGCUGGGACAGAGGAGCUAUGCACAAUCCUAACCCAACAAAAUGAGUCGCCCGUCACCGAUGUCACUUUUGAUUUUUUACGAGCUUAGUAUCUGCCCCGAGUAGAGGUGCACCCUCAGUGGCAAAGAAGGGACAGGCUGCUGGGAAGCUUUCCAGCCUGGCCCAUGCACACACCCUGCAUUCCAAUAAAAAUAACUUGGCAGUGUUUUUUGAGCACAUCCAGUGAUAAACUCACAUGAAAUUGUGUACGCAUGUGGUUGGUUCCCUCCCAAUGACUUUGGUUGCUACUGAAAGAUAUACAUGUACAUGUGCCCUCUUAAUUUCCUGCUCUGAGCGGAUAGACAGACCAUGUACAGCACAACUAGGGACCGUAUUAUGUUUUUACCUACCAAUUGUUUGGAUUUUAAAUUGAAUUAUGUCAAAUUGGGAAGCUUUAGUAGGUUGAAUUUUCUUCACACUACACAUGCAAACAGGUUAAAAAUAUGCUCGACUCAUUUUGUUGGAUCUGGUUUCGUAUGGUGAAGCUAUUUUUCUAAAAGAAACAAACACAAUGAUUUUAAAUAUGUAUUUUGUCAAAAGAACAUUUAUCGGAGCUAAAGUGAUUUUGGACAUUCAGGCUUUACUUAAGAUUUGAAUUGAAAACUCAGCAAUUUGCCAAAUUGAAUUUUUAACUGCUCUUCCCCCCGCUAGCGGGUAUUGACUGGUUAGACAUCAUUCUUCAUUACUGUGACCAUUUAGUGCACUGUCUCAUCUAUUUUCCACAAAAUUGUCUCUUUUUUGGGGGGGUCAUGAUUUGGCCGAAACCCCUCAUCUAUGAAAAGUACAGCAUACUUUGUUUUGAGUUUCAUUUUUUUUGGGGGGGAGGGUUGUUGGGAGAAACAAAAUUGAUUUUGAAUUUUAAGUGCUGAACAUAAUUGUGUGGAUUAAUUCUUGAAAACAAAAACAAACUGAAAAUCAAUUUUUUACUGCAAAUUAUAUAUAACGAAAUAAUGAAGCAUAUUGUAGUUUGUUCCUGUUAAAUUUCUGUUUAAUCUAAGUUUUAAACUAUACACCAUAAUGAUCGUAUCAAUACCAUUAAGCUACUAUAUAAGAAUCACAAAUGUAUUCUCUUCUGAUAAACGUCAUUCUUUUAUCAUAAAUUUUUAUCCUUUUUGUAUAAAUGUAUCCUUAUCUUUGGUAAAAUUACAAUUCCAGUCAUUUUUACAUUCUUUUUAAUGAAAUUCACUCCCUGUUAUAUGAAAAUCAUUGGACCCAAUGACAUAUACACCCCAGGAUUUGAAAUAACAAAUUCCCCUCUUCCUAAUUUUUCAUGAUGCAGUGUUUAGGGUGUGAAAUAAAGGAUCAGUAUUCACUAAGAAUGUGUACAUAUA